AGUGCAGUUUUUGCUGUCAAAAGUGCAUUAUUUCCCUGUGCAUAAUUUUUGCAUGCACUUGUUUUAGUUGUGAUCGUGAAAAUUUAUCGACAAGGUGCAGUUUCGAUAAAAAAAUCGAAAAUAAUUUUCGCAAAAUGGCCUUAGCUUUUACGAGAAAUCUCUGUGGUCGCAAUGUCCUCAACACGCUCAACUUGGCGAAAAAAUCCGUUAUUGGACCUCAAUGGUGCAACUCUCGAAAUGUAACGUUACGCGUUGUAAGUGCUCCUGCCGCCAAGCAAGAAAGUCACGAUGAACGAAAUGCUCGUCUUGGACGCGAAUUGUCUCCUCAUGUGACCAUCUACAAAUUCGAACUGCCCAGUUUGUUGUCAAUUUCGCAUCGUUUUGCUGGCAUCGCACUCACAGGAUGGGCUGCAAUUUUGGGAUAUGGCUGUUUGUUGAUGCCACACGAUGCCAGUCAUUAUAUUUCGGCACUCGAAGCGUGUCAAUUGAGCUCGGCCUCGUUAUUUGCCAUGAAAUUUGUCUUGGCAUUCCCCUUGGCGUACCAUACUUGCAACGGAAUUCGACACUUUUGCUGGGAUUACGGCAAAUUUUUGACAAUGAAGGAAGUUUACGCUACCGGUUACAUCAUGUUGGCAUCCGCAGUCGUUACAUCCAUCAUUAUGGCUAGCAUGUAAUUCCGUUAACGGAAGUUUAUCUGAUAGAAAUCACCUAAAAUUAUCCGUACUUAUUCGAUUUUGAUAUUUAAUUCCAAGGAUUUUCACCGUUUCGCAAAAAAAAAUAUGAAGUAGAUCGACAAUAAACUAUUUGAAC